AUGGCGUCUCCGAAGACGUUCGGUCUGGUCGACUACUGCGUGUUCGGCAGCGUGCUGUUGUCCUCGCUGCUGAUUGGCGUGUACCACGCCUUCCGCGGCAAACAGACCAACGCUGAGAUGCUGCUUGGCGGCAGGAACAUGGCCAUCCUGCCCGUGGCCAUUUCUAUCAUGGCAACGUUCCUCUCGGCCAUCCUGGUUUUGGGUUCGCCAGCCGAGAUGUAUAUGAACGGCACGCAGUACUGGGUGAUGGUACUGGCACUUCUCAUCUCCCUGCCGUCCGUGGCUCUGCUCUACCUGCCCAUCUUCUACCGAUGCGGUCUGACGUCUGUCAACGAGUACCUGCAGCUCAGGUUUGACAACCACGUCCUGCGAGUACUCUGCGUGCUGGGCUACCUGGUGCAGACAUCGCUGUACAUGGCCAUCGCCCUGUACGCGCCCAGCUUGGCCUUGAGCUCCACCACCGACCUAACCCUGGAGACCAGCAUCAUCUGCACGGCGGUCGUAGCGACCCUCUAUACAACGAUUGGAGGUCUGAAGGCCGUGGUCUGGGCUGAUGUUCUCCAGGCAGUCGUCAUGGGUGCCGGUAUGGUAGCCAUCAUUGUUCAAGGCUCCAUCAACGUGGGAGGAUUUGGCAACAUAUUCCACAUCAACGCCGAACACGGCAGGAUGAACUUGUUCGACUUCAGCGUGAGUCCCUGGCAAAGACACAACUUCUGGAACGUGUUCUUCGGCUACCUGUUCAUGUGGACCACGGUGAUGGGUGUGAACCAGAGUGCGGUGCAGCGCUACAUGAGCCUGCCUACCAUGAAGGCGGCCAGAACCGCCUGCCUCCUUAACGCCCCGGCCAACAUUCUCUACAUAUCGCUGGCCUGCCUGUGCGGUCUGGCCAUCUUCGCCACGUACGCCGACUGCGACCCGCUCCGGAUGGCUCUCAUCGAGAGGAAGGACCAGCUGGUGCCCUAUUUCGUGCUGGACCAGAUGUCCUACCUCACGGGCCUGCCGGGCCUCUUUGUGGCCUGCAUCAUGUCUGGAGCGCUCAGCACCAUUUCCUCCGGCCUCAACUCGCUGGCAGCCAUCACCUGGCAGGACUUCUUGAGCAACAUCAACUUCUUCAAGAGCAUGUCACCAGUCACACAAUCUUGGAUAACAAGAGGCAUCAUGGGUAUGGCCUUCAUGGCCAGCCAGCUCGGGGGAGUGCUGCAGGCUGCAGCGACCGUCACCGGGGCCGUCAGUGGCCCUGUGUUUGGCGUCUUCACGCUGGGCAUCUUCAUUCCGUUCGCCAACGGCAAGGGUGCCGUGGCAGGACUUGUAACGGCCUUGGCAAUGGGCGCCUGGGUAGUGGUGGGCGCGUACGGAUCUGGAGAACAGCCCGAGCCUCUACCCACCUCUAUCGCUGGCUGCGGCACCAAUCUGACGUCACUGGUGUCGUCCACUACACCACCACCAAUGGACAUGGGCCCGGUGCGAACAGAGGAGGAGGAGCCCAGCCCCCAAUACGCCGCUGACAACGCCGCGUUCCUGAUGGCCAAAUACAAGCAGGCCGAGGCGGGCUGA